UGGGUGAACUUCCACCAAACCCAAAUUCUCAGAUAGUCGCCAUGCUCAAUAAAGCCAGCCUGUAUCUGUGGUCAACUCAGCUCAUCAUCAUUGCAACCCUCGUCUAGCGACGAAAUGGCUGCAAAAAACGAUGGUAUUCGCUGGCCAGCUUAUUGGCCGCCCACGACGAAGAUCCGGGGUCUUCAUCCGCUGUUCACCCAGGCAAUGAGCGAUCAAAUCAUGGACGAGAUGCUGGCCAUCCUUCCAACGGUCGACGAGAGCAAGGCAGCAUCGAUCCGCUCGAUGCGUAUACCCGCGCUUGUGGCCUUCAUGGUCCCGCAUUCCACCAGCCGUGACCGACUAGUCAUCCUCUGUAAAUGGCUCACCUGCCUGCUGCUCUUCGAGAACCUGUUCGAGUAUCCCUGCUUCAGUCAGCGCGAGAUGCUUCAUCUGGGGCGGGGACUGAAGAGCCUACCAGAUGAUAUGAGACUCCUUGCAACGGCGGGGUAUCCGGCCCUGGGCGACAAAAGCUACCCCGAAUAUUUGCGUUAUGUCCGGGAAGUCCUCACUGAGAUGUUCCGUCUCAGUCCGAGGAAAGACCAUUUCCUCCGUGCAGCCGACUACCUCGAAAGGGCUAUCGCGGCGAUGCGCUCGACGAAAGAGGGUGGCUCGAGCAAGGCCCGCUCGGACGACCUUGAGGACUGGAAGCGCGAUCGGAUCGACGGCACGGGCAUGUACAUACUGUUCCACUGGAUGGAGUUUGCCCUCGAUCUGCAUAUCCCCGGCAGUGCUUGGGAUGAUCCCGCUAUGCAAUUUCUCAUGGAUGAGGCUUGUCUUCAAAGUGGCGUUGUCAACGACCUCUAUUCCCUGCCCAAGGAGCUGAUGUUGAACGAUGGCCGCAUCGACAUGGACAGCAUAAACUGUGUGGCUUGGCUUAUGCGAGGGACUGGUGAGACCCUGCAGGAGGCCGUUGAUCGGUGUUGGGACUAUAUCCAUCACCUGGAUGAUUCAGUUGUGCAAGCUGCGAUCGUGGCCAAGAGCCGGUUCAGGUCAGACCAAGCUAUUUUCCGGCUCGUGGACGCGAUUGUAUAUUCCCUCCAGGGCUGGUGGGCGUUUGAAAUCACCUCGUCACAGUCCUGGCUUGACUCGAUGUAUGACUGUUCGCAUGUGACGCUGUCUGAGAAGGCCAUGCGUGUCGCAUCUGAUGGGAAGCAGACGUCUAGUAUUAUUGCAGGCGAGAAGGAGGUGAAUGAUGUAGUCAAAUCUGGUUGGACUCAGGCAUUGAUCUAG